UCAUCUUGAAUAGCAAUUAAAAAAUAAUUUUUAAAUUAAUUAUAUAUUUUUAAAAUGUUUCACACGAAUAAAAUAUUUUAUAAGUGUAUAGUUAUAGCUUGUUUUGUAGUUAUCAGUUUGGGACAUUCACAUUCACAUUCACAUGGUGAGGAACCGCCAGUAUUUAAAUAUUCUAAGGGUGCCAACGAACAAUACAAAACAACAAAGGAAGAAAUUAUAUCAGAAUCAAAAUACGAUAUCUACGUGAAAGCCCUAUGUUCCACACUCUUUAUCAGUGUGGUGCCCUUUUUUAUACUUUUUUUUAUUCCCAUUGAUGGAAGUAUUGAGAAACAGCCUUUACUAAAAAUUUUAUUAUCAUUUGCUUCCGGCGGUCUUCUCGGCGAUGCAUUUCUGCAUCUGAUACCGCAUGCUCUUAUCCCUAGCACAAGUGAAGGAGGGCACAGUCACUCACAUUCUCACUCACAUGAAUCAGGAGGUCAUGAACCCCAUGAUUUAUCAGUGGGGCUGGGUGUACUUGGUGGAAUUAUUACUUUUUUAGUAGUGGAAAAAGCUGUGCGUUUAUUUAGUGGAGGUCAUGGACAUUCCCAUACAACUGAGAAAAAGAAAAACGAUGACAAGUCCAAAAAAAAGAGUAAAGAUAAAAAGGAGGAAAUUAAAAUUGCUGGAUACCUGAAUCUUGCUGCAGACUUCACACACAAUUUUACAGAUGGAUUAGCCAUUGGAGCAUCAUAUAUUGCAGGGAACAGUAUUGGAUAUAUAACUACUAUAACAAUACUGUUACAUGAAAUUCCUCAUGAAAUUGGUGACUUUGCUAUAUUAGUACAAUCAGGUUGUUCACGUAAGAAGGCUAUGUUGUUGCAACUGUUAACUGCAUUUGGUGCUGUAUCAGGAACAUUUUUGUCCAUUUACCUUCAGGGUUCAAGUGAAGGACUGGUAUCAUCCCUCAUUCUACCGUUCACUGCUGGUGGCUUCAUUUAUAUUGCUACUGUGUCAGUAAUACCAGAGUUAUUGGAAAGUUCUAACAAAUUAUCACAAACUAUCAAAGAAAUCCUAGCUCUAUUAGCUGGUGUGUAUAUGAUGGUAAUUAUAGCUCAAUAUGAAUGAAAUUAAAAUAUUAAAAGAAAAAUAGCAACAUUUAAUUGUUUAUAGAUAUAAUAAUAUUAUAAGUAAAUAAUGUUUAGUAAAUUAAUUAUAUUUUAAUAUGUAGUGUUAUUUUCUUAUUUACACUGCCUAAGAAACUACUCAUAAGUAAUCUAAGAGUGCUCAAAAAUUGUAAGAAAUUUUCUAAUGAUUGGAUCCCAAAUACUAUUAUUGUUUUUUUGAAAUAUUAUUUUUUAAUUUACUGAUAACAUUUACUUUGUUCAUUGUAAUUUAAACCAUUAAAACAUCACAUUAAACAAUAUACAUAAUAUAAAAUAUUUUUAUAUUAAUUUUAUUUGUUUUCCAAAUGAUAACUAAGUACUGUAGUAUAUGUAAAAGGUUGAGUGACAUCGAUUUGCUAACAAUAUUCACAGUCACAUAUACAUCCUCGUUCCUGGCAGUUUGUGGACCAUUUUUUUUUAAUUGUUGUAUUAUUUUGAUACCUCUUUUUUUAUAUGUCACAUUUGACUAUGUUAAGAGCCCUAUUACAAUACACAUACAUUUAGGGCUUUAUUUUUAUGGCAGAAAUAAUUAACAUAUCUAUGUUUAUAUUUCACAAAAGGGCUCAUGCAAGUCAAAAGGGUAUCAAAAUAAUAGAUGUUUUCUAACUAAUACUCUACUAAUAAAAAUAGUGGACCAACUGCCAGCAACAAUCCUCAAUCCCUUAAAUCCAUCAUAAGUAAUGCAUGUGGUUAUCUACAGCAUGUAUGAUACUAGUUAUAAAAGUGAAUGAAGGAAGAAGGUUGUUCAUACUAUCAUGGUAAAUUCUCCAGGAAUUUAUUACAAUUGUUUCCAUUCCCCAUGUAAUGUGGGUCCACAUGGAGGUCAAUCUAACAUAGUACAUUGCUAGCAAUGGGAUUGUUAGUCCACAUUACGUUUGACUUAUAUCCUUGGAGUAGGAUCCCAUCAGAAUACACAAUACACACUGCAACUAAGCAUGUAAUAGACGAGUAUGACGGUGGUCUAUCAGUUCAGUAUAUCAAGUUACUUCCGAUGGUCGCGGGUUCGAUUCCACGUACGGUGCAAAUAUUUGUAUUCAUAAGUAUGGUUGUUUGUAUUGGUCUAGGUGUUUUCUAUGUAUAUUAUGUACUAGCUGUUCCCGCGACUUCAUCCGCGUAGAAUUUAACUUUAUUUUUCUAAAAUCAGCUACCUCCCAAGAAAAGACCCGUCAAAAUCAGUCCAACCAUUUCAGAAAUUAGCCGGAACAAACCAUGAUGUAUGUACCUUAUUCAUAUUUAUAUGCAUGUAGUUAAAAAUAGUUAUUUCAAUAUUACAGACUUGGAGGGUCUAUUUAUGAUGGUUUCAUUUAUAUGUAGAUUUACAAAAAAAAUUAAGUCUUUAUAUCACUUGUCGAGUACCCGUAACAUGAGCUCUGCUUAGCUUGGGAAUUGACAAAGCUGUUAAUUGUCCAGGGCUAUUAAAGCAAAUAACUACAAAAUUAUGGAAUACUCACAUCAUUUCAUAACUUUCAGCACUAAUAUAAAUAUAAUAGAUAAAUAACUAAACAGUGAGUGUGUAAACUGUUAGAAUAGCACAUUUGAUCUAUAUUCUCUUAAAAUAAGUAGUUUCGAAAUUAAGUUUCUAAUUAUAAAUAUCUAAUAACUUCUGUCAUUUAUUUGUUCAAGCUAUAUCAUAUAAGGGUAACUAUGGGAAAUAACAAA